AUGGCGUCGCUUGGUGUUCACUCGGGCGGGCCGGCGAAAAAGAUUGUCAAGGCAAAGGGGAUUGUGGUCAAGCCGAUAUUGAAGAAGCUGUCGCAUUCGGAGAAGAACUCGCUGGAUUUGGAUCGGGGGUGGGAUGAGCAGCAGGUCGAGCAGCUGGAAGUAGACGGGUGGGACGAAGGUCUUGGUUAUGCAGGGCAGGCGAGAGACGUCAGUGCUGGGGUGGCUGCUGCAGGCUUCGGGGCAGGUGACGGCGCGAGUGCAGGUGCUGGCGGAGGAAGUGGCAUCCGGGCAGGAAACCUCAAGUUUCAACAUGGCCGCUCUGCGUCGCAGACAUCGGCGGGCAGCGGACCCCGUGGUGGUGCUUUUGUGCAUCCUUUUGCGCAAACACCACGUACCUCGACGCCGCCGCUGUCUUAUGCCAACUCGCUCGCGUCAUUCGAUAAUGGGAGGGACUGCUCGCCCACCAUUACCGAGAACGAGGACGACGACGGCUUUGACAUCAACGCCACUACUUAUCCGCACCCGCAUAUGCUUGCUCAUGAACUUACCGCGUCAAAGCCGCCUUCUCUCCGCAUAAACACUGGCCGCUCGAUUUCUGGCACCACAGCCACAUCGUCGCGUUUUGCACACGGCAGUCUUCCCAGUGCCAGCCAUUCCGACCUCCUUCUCGAUUCCCACAACCUCAGCGUCAGUCUCACUGGCACUCUCGACUCGCCCACAGGAAGCCUGGGCGCCGGCAGCGUCAUCGUUUCACAACAACAAUAUCAACAAGAAAAACAACAAUCGCAAAUGUCUCCCCUGCGAACAUCGCUCGAGAUGGCCGCAGCCGGAUUCCCCCGCCUCCGCAGCCGCUCCGAGGUCGACACGGCCACGCGUGUCGAGAACAUUCGCGCUGCCCGGCGCAAGUUUGAGGAGCGCGAGCGCGUCAAGGAAGAAAAGUACGACCGCGAGAUGAUCCGCAAGCGCGAGCGCCGCGACACCAAGAUGGCCGCUCGCAUCGAAAAGGGCGAGCUCCCCACCAGCCGCACGUCGAACCGCAAGAAAACCAACACGGGCCUGUCGACCGUCUCGGAGCCCGGUGCGAGGCCAUCCAAGGGCGGCAUCCUCGGUGUGCACUCGCCUCCCAGCGCCAGCAGCGUUGGGGUUGGGAUCGUCGGCCGCAGGCACACCGACUCUCCCACCGCGAACGUGACCAAGGCCGAGAAGCAGAUGGGGUUUGCCGCUCGCAGGUACGAGAGCGUGUCGCUCGAGACGCCGCCUGCGUUUGGCGUCACGGUGGACGACGUGCACUUUGAGCACACUCGGCCGCGGAGGGGCAGCGGUGCCAAGCGAAAGACCCAGGGGUACUGGCAAGGCUUCCUCCUCUGGUUGAGGACGAAACUGCUCCGGUUGAGCGCGCGGUAG